CGGCGGCGCAGGGGCUGGGUACGCGCUGGGCGGCGAGAGCCUCAUGGCGGAGGAAGAGAGCGACCAAGAGGCCGAGCGCCUCGGGGAAGAGCUCGUGGCCAUUGUGGAGUCUCCCCCGGGCCCCGUGGGGCUCCGAGCCGCGGGCGACGGCGGAGGGGGCGCCGGCAGCAGCGGCUGUGGCGGCGGCGUCGGGAUCAGCAGCCGGGAUUACUGCCGACGUUUCUGUCAGGUGGUUGAAGAUUAUGCUGGACGAUGGCAGGUCCCUUUGCCACAGCUUCAGGUUCUUCAGACUGCACUUUGCUGUUUCACAUCAGCCAGCGCAUCAUUCCCAGAUGAAUGUGAGCACGUCCAGUAUGUUUUGAGUAGUCUUGCUGUGAGUUUCUUUGAGUUGCUCCUGUUCUUUGGAAGAGAUGAGUUUUAUGAAGAACCCUUAAAGGAUAUUCUUGGCUCAUUCCAGGAAUGCCAGAAUCACCUCCGCAGAUAUGGAAAUGUGAAUCUGGAACUGGUGACUCGAAUCAUUAGAGAUGGUGGCCCAUGGGAAGAUCCAGUGUUGCAAGCUGUUCUUAAAGCCCAACCGACAUCUCAGGAGAUAGUGAACAAAUAUUUAAGUUCCGAAAACCCACUGUUCUUUGAACUACGUGCCAGAUACCUAAUUGCCUGUGAACGCAUACCUGAAGCAAUGGCUCUUAUAAAAUCUUGUAUAAAUCACCCUGAUAUGAGUAAAGACUUGUACUUCCAUCAAGCACUCUUCACCUGCCUGUUUAUGUCACCUGUAGAAGAUCAGCUGUUCCGGGAGCAUUUGUUGAAAACUGACUGUAAGAGUGGAAUUGAUAUCAUCUGUAACACUGAAAAAGAGGGCAAGACUUUGCUAGCCUUACAACUCUGUGAAUCCUUUCUUAUUCCACAGCUUCAGAAUGGGGAUAUGUACUACAUAUGGGAGUUGAUUUUCAUAUGGAGUAAACUACAGCUUAAAUCUAAUCCUUCAAAACAAGUGUUUGUAGAUCAGUGUUACCAACUUUUAAGAACAGCAACUAAUGUGAGAGUCAUAUUUCCUUUCAUGAAAAUCAUUAAAGAUGAGGUUGAAGAAGAAGGCUUACAAAUUUGUGUUGAGAUAUGUGGUUGUGCUCUCCAGCUUGAUCUUCAUGAUGAUCCUGAAACAAAAUGUCUAAUUUAUAAAGCAAUUGCACACUUUUUGCCAAAUGAUCUAGAGAUUGUCAGGGUUUGUGCUCUUUCAGUAUUUUUUCUUGAGCGUUCCUUAGAGGCCUACCACACAGUUGAAGAGCUUUACAGACGUCCAGAUGAAGAGUAUAGUGAAGGCACAAGUACUGUUCAAAAUCGUGUUCGUUUUGAAUUACUUCCAAUUUUGAAAAAGGGAUUGUUUUUUGAUCCUGAGUUUUGGAACUUUGUAAUGAUUAAGAAAAACUGUGUGGCAUUACUGCGUGAUAAAUCAGCAGUGAAACUUCUAAAUGAAAAUACACUGGAAAAUUCUGCAAGUAGUCUAAAAAAGACAGUGGAACAGCAGAGUGUGGGUGAAGGGCUUGACACACUCACAGAUCAGAGCACUGGAGAGACUGACCCUGAUGAUGUGUCUGGAGUGCAGCCUAAAGGUCCUGUUAAUGCAAAGAGAAGCCUCACUGCUCUUAACACCUCCAAAGCCGAUCAUAGUGUCCCAAGGCAUCGGUGCAUGUUAUGUAACAAGGAAUUUCUUGGUGGCCACAUUGUAAGGCAUGCCCAGGCUCAUCAGAAAAAAGGCAGUUUUUCAUGUGUGAUAUGUGGUAGGAAAUUUAGGAACAGAGGACUUAUGCAGAAACAUUUAAAAAAUCAUGUUAAGAAGAUCCAGAGACAGCAGAUUGCUAUAGCACAACAGGAUAAUCCAGAAGUUACCACCUUGGAAGAAAUAAAUGGUUCCAAAUCUUCCAAUUCCUUUGAAAAUGGGAAUUCAAAUUCUAAGGGCUUAGAAAUAGAGACAUUGACUGCUUCCAGUGAUGGAAACAAAGAGGUCAUCCGUGAACACAGGGCUGAAUUCAUUAAAAUUCCCGUUGGUAUAUCAGAGAAUACUAUUGAAAAUGGCAGACCAGACACUUCUUUCAAUAAUAUCUCAGAGUCUUUACCUCAGUGUGAUGAUGACUAUGAGGAAGAAGAGAAUGAAGAUGAUUAUGAAGAUGAUUAUGACCUGAAUCAAGAAACAUCAGUACUUCAUAAAAUCAAUGGGACUAUGUGCCAUCCAAAAGAUGUAUAUGCUACAGACCAGGAAGGCAACUUCAAGUGCCCUGCUCUUGGCUGUGUAAGGAUAUUUAAAAGAAUUGGAUUUCUAAAUAUGCAUGCAAGGACUAUGCAUCCAACUGAUUUAAAUGUGCGGCAAACUGUAAUGAAGUGGAGCAAAGGAAAAUGCAAAUUUUGCCAAAGGCAGUUUGAGGAUUCUCAACAUUUUAUAGAUCACCUUAAUAGACACAGCUAUCCAAAUGUGUACUUUUGUUUGCAUUUUAAUUGCAAUGAGUCGUUUAAGCUGCCAUUCCAGCUUGCCCAGCAUACAAAAAGUCACAGGAUAUUUCAAGCUCAAUGUAGUUUUCCAGAAUGCCAUGAGCUUUUUGAAGAUCUUCCUCUGUUAUAUGAACAUGAAGCCCAGCAUUACUUAAGCAAAACACCAGAGUCAUCUGCUCAACCAAUUGAAGCAGUUCCUAAUCAUCAGGAAAUAGGCUCAUCUAGUAAUGAGAACUUAACAGUUUAUCAGCCAAUUUCUUCUAACAAAUCAAGGAAAGAUUCUACAGAACCAAAGACAUGUAUAGACACUAUGGAAAAGAAAACAGACAGUUUAGUUCAGAAUGGAAAUGAACAUUCUGAUGGUACUGUUUCAAAUAUAAGCUUGAUAGACCAAAAGAUGCCUGCCAUAGAGCCAAAUCCUGAAAAUAGUCAUAGUACCAGUGAUUUAGUCAAUGGACAUAGUGAAAUAGAGCAAACACCAUUAGUUGCAUCAGAUUCUACCCUGAAAAUAGAUUUAAACAGAAACAGGACAGAAAAUGGUUCUAUUUUACCCAGUGUUGUAUCACAAGAACACAGUGCCCUGUCAGUAUCUCAGGCACCAUCCAAACCAAAUCUUACAAGUGACCAUACGUCAUAUGGCUUAAUUGUAACAAAGCCAUAUGUCAGACCGUUGCCUCCCAGUUACCUUGAUGAACGAUACCUUAGUAUGCCAAAACGCAGAAAAUUUCUGACUGAUCGAGUAGAUGCGUGUUCUGACCAAGAUAACACGUGUAAAAAACCAGUGAAAAGAUUACGAUGUGGCAAAUGCCUGACCACCUACUGUAAUGCAGAAGCACUUGAGGCUCACCUUGCACAAAAGAAAUGUCAGACACUCUUUGGAUUUGAUUCAGAUGAUGAAAGUGCCUGAUAAUGUCUCAGAAAGAUCUGUUGAUCAUGCAGUAGUGUAAAAACAAAAACAAAACAAAAACAAAAAACAAACAAAAAAAAGCACUACAAGAAAAUGCAUCAUCAGUUUGCUAUUUCCCUGAUGGCCUUAAUUUUAGAGUGGUCUCGGAUUACUAAAGAAAAGACAAAGCACAUUAUUUUCUGGAAUGAACUUGCAGAGGAGAUGUGCCGGCUUAGACUCCAAAAGGGUUAUAAAACUCCCAAAGUACCAGUUAUCCAGGAAACCACACUUUUUCAACGUUUAUGGUGAUUAAUAGCAGCAUGUUCAGUUUUGCUUUAUGUGAAAAUACAUUUGGGUAACUAGUCAGAAGUAAAAACCAGCUAUGGCCUUACUGAAGAAAGGAAGAACUUGAUUCAUUAUAAGAUAAAGUGGAGGGGGGAGCUGGUUUACAAUAAACAAUGUAAAACAUUCUGAAAAUGGAAUUUGUUUUCUUGUCAUGCAUAUUCAUUACGUCUUCCCUUCUGGUCAAACAUAUUUUAAAGACUUUUCAUUGCUCUUUAGUUUGUGAUAUACUUUAGAAGCUGAUACAUAGAAAUAAAGCUUAAUUUAUCAUCAUGCUAUCUACUAAAGAUUGUAACUUGUUUCCACAUGAUUAAGUAGACAGUUCAAGUUCAGUGAAUGGCAUGCCACCUUUGAAAAAUAAAAAUAAAACAAAAACAGUGCUUGGCUGAAGCUCUUGAUAAGAACCUUCAACAAUCCCACUUUUGUAAUGUCAAGUAGUUAUUUAAAAGGCAGCAGUGUUAAGUAGAAAAGUAACAUCAGUUACUUUAGGGGGCUGUGAGAAGAAUCUAAGAUCACACUGCAUGGUAGAUAGUUGAAGGAUAACACUGAACUGAAAAAUGUGAAUAAUGGUAAAAGCACACUGGACUAUUUCUAUCUGUACAUAAUAUUAGGACAUUGCUUGAUGAUUCAUAGUAAAGUCCUUUAGACAUUAGUGUGAGUUAUCUAAGUAUGGUCCUAUGAAAAUAAUUGGCUUAAAAGUAUGUCAGUUAAAAAUCAGAUCAAGAGUUCAUUUUAUUCAGUUAGGAGAAUUAAUUCCAAAGUAAGCCAUACUAUUGUACUUUUUUCACUAGUGAUGAAUUUGACCUGCAUAGUAAUUCUUAUAUUGAAGGGGAAGUAUUUACACCAAAAUCUGCACAACAGGAAUACAGUAAGAGAAACAUUAAUGCAUUAUUCUUGGUGACCACUAAUUUUCCUAAAGAAGACUAACUUAUUAAGUUAUUAAAACAAAUAUUUUACAGAUUUAAAAAAAAUCCUCUAGAUAUUUCCCAACUGUGUAUUAUUAAAAGGAAGAUGCUUGAAGAACUUCUUUACCUAAUAUAUUAGUCUAAAGUAAGAUAAAAGAGAAUACAAAUGCAGUACAUCACUGUCAAUUGAGUUAUUCCACCGUGUGGCUUUGUGUAAAGCAGACAAUCUCAUUCCUCACAUUACAAAAUUUAGAAACAUGGCUUCUUGAACAAGGUUAGAAAAAUGGAACGUACUUUCAGGGUGGCAUCGAGACUUUUAAAAAUUAUGUUUUCCAAGAAUGCCAUUUCAGAGGAUUUUUUUUUUUUAAGUUCUGAAUUUUAUUAUUUACUUACCAUGGGCAUUUGCAACUAUGCAAUGAUGGUCACUAGCCUAUUCCAAUCAAAUUUAAGUUUGUUUUAGUUUUGUUAUGUAGCCUACAUUAGGCUCUGGAAUUUAUAUGCAGAUAACAAAUAAGUACAACUCAUAAUUUUUAAAUCCUAUAAGUUCAACACAAGAUGGUUUCCCUAUCUCUUGACAAUAAAAAUGUAAUAGUUGACUUUUAUUUUAGUUCAUAUUGAAAGUACAUCCUGUAAUAAAAAUUUUGUUUGGAAACUGGUUCAUUUGCACCAUGAAUUUUUGGGGGGAACAUAAUUUCUGCUUUGUACACAUUCCAGUUAAUACUAACAUUUUACCAGUUUUUAACUUUACUUUUUACAUGUUGUCACUACUGAUAUAGAAGUAAAUCCACAAGGUGAUACAUUUUCAUGAAUUUUGAAGUUUGUGCAAAGAUGUGUAAACAAAUUCCACCUGCUAUUUUGUCUUUAAGCUUAAUUUGAAGGUUUUCUUUUUGAUUUUUGUUGCUAGGAGAAAUUUUUCUUAUAAAAUGGUUCAUAUAUAAUCAAACCAAAAUGUCAUGUAAAAUUCUGUUUGACAACAUUUUUCUAACCUGUUUAUAUACUUCUCAGUUUUACCUGUUGAAGGAAUUUAUGCAUUUUAUUAUGAUUUUCCACCACAACAUUCUGCUUUUGUGCAAACUUCAGCAGUUCUGAUUUGGGAUUUAGAAGAAAAAGAAGCUAUCAUUUACUUACACUCUUUUCCUUCUCCUUUCUUCUCUACUUUUGUUUUGAGGAUAUAUGGACCAAGUUUCAAAUCUUUGUUUUAAAAAAAAGAUAUGUGUCAGUGAGGUCAAGAAAGUGUAGACUGAAUUCUUGCUGCUCAGACACAGAAGAGGCACAGGAGGGAUUCUCCGUGGACAAGGACACUGGUACUUUGGGCUCUAGCCAUAUUCUUUUUUUAAAAAGCACCCACAUAUAACAAAAACAUAAUUUAUAUCAUUGAUCUAUGAUUGUUUUCAAAUCACACUGAACGUCUAGCUGUACUUUCAUGUUUGGUUUAAUAUUGUUGUAUGAAUGAAAAGCCUAAGAGGGAUGAUAGUGUUUAUUUUUUAAUUUAUUUGGUACUGUCAAACACCUUUUCAGAAUGAGCAAAUGCUGCAUAUGCAUUUUGGAAUUGUUAUGUGAAAGCUAUUACAGAUUCAGCAAGAAGGGAAAUUUGUGCUUCCUUGUUGAACAUUAAAUUAUUUUACUUUGCAUUUUAUAAAAGUACAAAUUAAAACUGAGCCAUUAAACUGCAAUAAAUCAACAAUAGUGUCAUUUCAAGAACUUUUUUGUAUUGUACAUAGAU